ACGGCCCAGCUCGUCUUCUUCCUCCCCAUCGACACCCCUUCGCGACGCCAAACACUGCUUCAUCCGCGACCGAGCAAUCAACGAGAGACCGAGCAAUCCAAAAACCCACUUGCCGCCAUGGCCGACGACGAGCUUAGCCACCAGGCCAACGAGAAGGUCAUCGUCAAGACAUGGCGAUCAUGGCGCACAGUCAAGGAGAUGGUCAACGACAGGGGCUACGAGCUGUCCGAAUCAGAAGUCAAAAUCACACUGGACGAGUUCAAGAGGGAGUUUCUCAAUGCUGACGGCACCAUCAUGAGACACAAGAUGCAGUUCUCGGCCCGCCCGAGCGAGGAGAUGAUCAAGAAGUACACACCGCCAGCGACGCCCUCGAAUCCGGACCCCCAGUCCGAAGCCGGCACCAUCUGGGUAGAGUUCCUCAACGAUAGUAGCUUGGGAGCCGAGCAGAUGCGCAAGUUCGGCAAGGCCUGCGCCGAGGGCAACUUCCGCACGGGCAUCCUCAUCUCCCACGUUGCCGUCUCGUCCUCGGCCAAGAAGGAGAUUGCAAAGUUCAGCCAGUGGACCUCGAUCGAGUGGUUCCUCGAGGAGGACCUCAUCAUCAACAUCACCCACCACGAGCUCGUGCCCCGGCACGUCAUUCUCAGCAAGGAGGAGAAGCUCGCCCUCCUCAAGCGCUACCGCCUCAAGGAGACACAACUGCCCCGGAUACUGCAAAAGGACCCCGUCGCGAAAUACCUCGGGAUGAAGAGGGGCCAGGUCGUCAAGAUUAUCCGAAAGAGUGAGACGGCCGGUCGUUACGCCAGUUACCGGUUGUGUGUAUAAAGACAAAAAAUCAUACCGCGUCAGCUUCUGCGUCCGGGGCGCGCGACAUAUACACCUUUCGUCGAACCCCAGAUGUGACCUUGGCAGCUUCAAGCCGAGCUA